AUAUUUCCAUUCCUGCUAAAAAAAAAAACCAAACAAACCCAAACAAUAGAAACCAUCACAGAAAUUCUAAUGUUUUCAACUACAGAUACCAUUUCAAACCAUCAGCUAACCAUUAAAACCAUUACCAUUACCAUCCACUAGACAUAAUAAGACACCAAGAGAAGGCAACAAAUUACCAGUAGAGACCCAUAGGGACUCCAUUCAAACCAUUCAAGCUUCCAUUCAAACCAAUACAAUUCCCAUUAUAACCAUUAAAACCAUUACAAAUUCUGUGAGGGUUUCUAGUGUUUGCUUUUCCUUUUUUUUCAGCAGGAAUGUCCGAUAUAAAAGUGUUCAUGGAGGCAAAAUGGAUGCCAAUCCACUUGUAGCGACUGACUAACAUGUUUAGCUCUCUCUGCAUCCUCCUCUGUCGGGGAACAGAGUCAGCCUUGUUCGAGUGUGAGACUGUCGCGCAUGCGCAGUUGAGAUAAAAGCGAAUCAUGACCAGCAGGGAAAACACAAAGCCAGGUGGUUCUUCCACAAAGAGAGGGUGUAGCGCGUCAGUGUGGCAGCGGAUAAUUUGUGAUACUCGACUGAAUGGAAAGAGAAGUCCUUGCUCUCUCUUCCUGAAACGUUAGAGCGCUUUAUUUCCGAGGAGGAGGGAUUAUCUUUGAAGAAUAAUUUCGAAUACCAGUCUUUUGGCUAUGUUGCUUUGCUUCUGAACAUUAUUAUGAUGAAAAACCCUGGCGGAAAAACGGAGCGUCAGUUCUAGCGAAUUCAGGGGCUUGUCUUAGAGAGUGUGGAUGUAAUGUGUAUCUCUCGCGGUACGAUUUAAACUUUCUCCUUAAAACAGUUAGGCUAAACGUUACUUCAGUAGUUAACACCUGUUAGAUGAGUUAGUAACAUUCAUUAACAUUCUAAUAAAACCUGUUAGCUCGUGUAGGCUUUUGUGACGCACGCGCCCUUGCCUCUCAUUAUUAUUAUUAUCAUUAUAAUAACAUGAGGGUGGAAAGUCGCUGUCCAUGGUCCUGACCAACUCCUUAUUUAUGCUUUAGAGUCUUCUGUAAAACUGACUCGGUUUCAAAUCUCAGAUUUCCUGAUUCCAGUUCGAUUCAUGUGUCAUCUGGCCCCCUUUUUAUUUUUUUAUUUUUUUUGUUGCAACAGUUUGAUGUUUAUUGAUGUGUUUCUGGUGAACAGGGGACACCGCCCUGCCAUUAGCAUCAUGACAACUCAAAAGAAGCUUCUUUGGCAAUUUCUCUUGCUCCUCAUAUUUGCUGUAGAAGAAUGCAGACCAGUGUGCGUGGACGCAAUCUCAGACACAGAAGCAGUGCUGGGGAGCCCCAUGAAGCUCACCUGCAUCUUAUGUAUGAAGAGAGAGGAAAUCAGUGCUCAGACUAAGGUUUACUGGUAUUACAGACCUGACAAAGAUGCCGUCCGUCAGACGAUCUACCUAUAUGAUGGUAAGCCACAGGAGGUAGAGGGGCCGUGGAAGGGUCGUCUGUUGUGGAAUGGCAGCAAAGACCUGCAGGACGUCUCCAUCAGCAUUUCCAAUGUCUCACUGAAUGACAGUGGCCUGUACGAGUGUGAGGUGCACCGCCAAUUUUCCUUCAACUCAUACAGCCCUUCCACGGAGAAGACCUUUGAGAUUGAACUGGUGGUGCGGGAGAAAGCAAGUGACGAUCCCACAGCACUGUACUCAGAGAUCAUGAUGUACGUUUUGCUGGUGUUCCUCACCUUCUGGCUGCUGGUUGAGAUGAUAUACUGCUACAGAAAGAUCUCCAAAUCAGACGAGCAAGUGCAGGACAGUGUGACAGACUACCUAGCCAUUCCCUCUGAAAAUAAAGAGAACCCGCCGGGUCCUGCAGUAACGGAAUAAAACUGGUUGUCUCACACACAAUACGGUUCUGACGAAUCCUUAUGGCUUAAAAAGAGGCUGAUCUUUGCAGGGACAUUGCCAGCGUGCGAGAAGCACUGACAUUACACGAAACCUGACGAAACAAAUCCCUGUCAUCUUGCUCUAGUAACAAGAAGCAAAUUCUCCACUGCUUAAUUAUCGCCCCUGUCUUUCUCUCAGUGAACUUGACAAUUACACUAGAGAGUAACACUAGAGCAAAACGGGGUCAUGUUCGUGUUUUCACUAUUUUUGCCUUAGAGAAGAUUCAACAUUCUGAGCAGCAACCAGAAAUAAAAAGCUAGUACACUGCCUAUUUACAAAUGUAUUUGCUUGAUGUUCAACAUACUCAGAAAACCUUUCAUGUUAUUUGAUAGAGUCGUGUUCUUACCGUUUUGAUAGAACAAAAUCGAUUUUUGAAAAUGUACUCCAACAUCUUUUAAUCUGUUCUUUUAAAAAAGGAUUGCAUUACAUCUUAGCUUUCAGGGUUGCGUUAGAGCAGGCUAUUUUUGCUCUGUCAGGUUCAAAACUGAGUCUCUGAGAGUGUCUGAGAUAAUUGUUGUAGUCAUCUCAGCUCAUAUGAUAGCUUAUACAUAACAUUAUGCUUUUGUGUGCGAAUUAACUGACCUGUGUUUACACCCUACAUGUGGAUCAUGCCUCUCAAAGAAUUAUUUUUCUGGUCAUGAGAUUCUGAAAUUGAGAUUGUGUACAUAUAACGUGACGUAUGUGACAAACUGCAUAAGUCCCUUUAGAGCCUUUAUAUCAACAAUGGUAAUGUUUACUGUAAGCAUGUUGAAGUCACUUUUAGUGAUUAUUGCUCAGUAAAACACUGUAGUGACUUCAGGAACCUUUACUCUGUAAUCACUGCUAAUCUUACAGUUACUGUGGACAAGUUGUGUGUUGUACUGUGUUUCUCUCUAGAUUAUGAGCAGUUUGGGUUUUUUUCAAUCAAAUGUUUACAAGAGGACUCACGAACUAUUCGCAUAAACUAUUAACAAUCUCUCUAGACAUGAAUACCAAUCAGUGUGGCUGUCCGAACAUAACAUGCUGUAAUUAACUAGUGAAUGCAACACUGGUUCCUAUAGACUAAUUUUACAAUUAUGGCAAUGUGAAAAUGACUGUGUAUCUGCACUUUAUCUCCUCUGGAACUGUUAAUGCUUUUUACUGUCUUUUAUAUUAAUACACUGUCAGUACAAGAAGACAAAUGUGACAUGUUUUCUUGCCCUUUCCAGGAAGAGCUGUAUAUCUCUUGUGAAAGCUUGCCAUUUAUUAUUAAAGCGAAACUGUGUAUUCUGAAAGAUCUUGGCCCUCCAGUGUGAUUACU